CAGAAGGAUGGAAGAAUAUAUCUUUUAACAAUGAAUCUCAAAUUUCAGAGUCUUCACUGAGGAUAAAGCAUAACAAUUUUGAGACAGCUGUCCUAGGGAGAAAUGUGACUAUCUUCUGCAACUUGACAAGUCUGGUGAAUGUUGAGCAAGUCACCUGGCAGAAAGUUCAAGGUCCAUUGCUUCACAAUAUCGGCACUUACAGCCAUAAAUAUGGAGAAAAUAUUAUUCCACCAUAUGUAAACAGGCUGCACUGCAAGAUCCUGGAACCCAAUGUCUCCUUCAUAAUCAUCCAAGAAGUGACGUUUGAAGAUGAAGCCUGCUACAAGUGUCUGUUUAACACCUUUGCAUAUGGCAGCCAUGGAGGACAAACCUGCCUUAACGUCCUAACUGUAUCUGAAUUAGCAACCAAACUCUAUCCUGUUCCUGGCUCUGAAGAUCUCCUUAGGCUUCACUGUUCAGCGAUGGGAAAGCCUGCUCCUGGAAUCUCCAUUUACCCUUCACAAGUCCUAGAGUCCAUGAGGGAAGAGUACUUUACCAAGAACCCAAAUACCACAGUGACCAUCUCUAAAAUAUAUGACAUCUCUUUGAAAACUGUUAGGUCCUUGGGCCUCCAGCACCUGGUUGUGUCCAUGACUCACCCCCUAGGAUAUAAAGAGAAGAUAGUUUCUCUGCCAAUAAAGCAAGAGGGGACCAGGAAUCAUGUUUCAAAUUGGAAGACGACUGCAGUUGUAUUCAUUAUUCUGUUUUUAGUUUCAUGUAUCAUCCUUGGGACAAUUCUCUAUAUUAAUUUAGAAAAUAAAGGGUCAGAGAACACACAGGAACAAUCAACACAGAUGCAUGACCAGUUAUCAACAGUGGUGACCACACGGCCAUCAACAGAGACUGAAAAUUUAAUGAGUCAACCUUGUCAGACAAAGGUAUAAUUUGUCGUAUGUGAUUACUUUCUGUCACUGUAUUCCUUAAAUUUAAGAAGUAAUCUUACAAAUUUGGUCAUGCGGUGCCUAGCAGCAAUUAUCAUUUUGGAGAAAAAUAGUUGCUUCAUUUUUAUUCUGAAAGCAGCGAAUUCAAGUGAGGUUUUGCUUUUGUUAACGCCUUUACAUUUUGACAUUAAGAUUAGGUUUAACUGAUACAUAAUAAUUAUAGAUAUUUAUGGAGCACCAUAUAUAUUUGAUCAUGUCAUACCUGUCUUUCUGUCUGGAUUUUUUUUUUUUUACUUAAACAUGGAUGAACCCCAAGUUCUGUCCAUGUUGCUGUAAAUGACAGAAUUUCCUUUUACGGCCAAAUACUGUUCACACGGGUGUGUGCAUCACACUUCUCACUCCAUUCAUCAUUUCCACACAGGCAGUUGCUUCCUCUCUCGUCUGUUAUAAAUAGUGUCCAGACAUCUCUGCAACCUUUUCAACAUUGAUUUCUUUUCCCUUUGAAUGUAUAUCCUGAAAUAGUAUAGCUUUAUCAUCUAGCACCUUUGUUUUCAACUUUUUAAGAAGUUUUCAUGCUGUUUUCCAAAAUGGCCAUUCUAAUUUGCACUUCUCCUCCACUAUGCAGGGGUUGCCUUCUCCAUAUGCACACACCACUUUUCUUUGGUGCUUUUAAUAGGAGCUAUUUUAUUUAAUAGCAGCUUACUCUUGUGGAGUAAGCUGUUAACUUCUGGUGGCUUGAUUGGCAUUUCCCUGAUGAUUAGUGAUGUUAAAUAUUUUUUCAUGUGCCCACUAGCCAUUUUGUAUGUCUUUUCUGAGAUACGUCUAUUUAGGUUUAUUGUCCAGAAAACCAAGUAGUUUUUUUUUUUUUUUUGAGUUCCUAAGUUCCUUGUAUGUUUUCAAAUAUCAAAUUAUUUUCAGAAGUGGAGUUUGGAAAUAGUUUCUGCUUUUCAGAAGAUAGUUCCUUUCUUGCUACUGAUGACUGUUUUCCUUGUUGACCAGACGUGUUUUACUAUCAUGUAAUUCAGUUGUUUAUUUGGGUUUUGUUGCCUGAGGUUUUGGAACCUUGUCUGAAAUGUCUUUAGUCCUUACUACUUCUACUUUCCUGAAUAUUUUUCCUAAGAUCUGUUCUAGUGGUUUUAUCAUCCUAUAUUUAUAGAAUUUUGUAUUUAUAUUUUAAAACCUAUAUUAUGCAUAAGCAUAUAUGUGAUAUGAAUAUAUGUGAUAUUCGUAUAUUGCAAUAUAAAUGUAUAACAUAUAAACUUAUAUAUAAUAGAGAUGUUCAAAUUCUAUAUUUGAGCCUUCCUUCCAGUUGUAUUUGAUUUUUACAACUUGUGUGAGAGAUUACUCUACUUUCAACCCCUUGCAUGUGAGUUAUCCAAUUUCCCUAACACUAUUUAUUUAUUGUCUUUUCCCAAUAUGUUUGUAUGUUCUUUGCAUUUUUAUUGAAAAUUGAUUUCUGUACAUGUAUGGGUUUAUUGAAGUCUUUAUUCUGUUCUGUUUAUCUAUGUGUCUGUGUUUUGCAAAUAAAUACCACACUGUUUUGACUA